UUGGAAACGAAAGUGGAACGGCAGGAAUUCCAAGUAGUUCUAUUCGCUUAGACAAUGGAAAUCCUACACAAUCAGCGCAAGAAUUCCGUCCUCAGCCUCUUUUUUCCUAUCAUACUUAUCUUCCGCCCUAAUAUACCUCUCUAGAUCACAUAAGUUUUCAACAACACAUGUGAAACCAAAGUCGUCAUUUGCACCACAAAGUAAGCUUAUAAAAUUUGAUUGAGCUAGGCGAUGGAGAGAUAUGAAGUGGUAAGAACUCUUGGCAAAGGAGCUGGUGGAAAGGUCAUUCUAGCAUUCGAGAAAGGAAAUGGAAGGCAUGUUGCUAUCAAGGAAAUAAUCUUAGAUCCAAACAAAAAGAGCAGGACAAAAGAAGCUGUUGUAAAGGAAGCAAGCAUAUUAGCUCAUUUAAAACAUCCUCAUGUUGUUUCACUACAAGAAUCAUUUUUUGAUUCAUCAGAGGAGCUACUUUUCAUUGUACAGGUGAGAAGAGAUUUAAAAUCACAGAAUGUGUUCUUGACCAAGAAAGGUGUCAUCAAAAUAGGUGAUUUUGGAAUUGCACGAAUGAUGGAAAACACAUUUGACAUGGCUCAGACUUGUUGUGGUACACCGUGUUAUCUUAGUCCAGAAUUAUGUCAAGAUAUGCCAUACAGCUCUAAAGCUGAUGUCUGGGCUCUUGGUUGUCUUCUGUUUGAGAUGUGUGCAUUACGUUACGCUUUUGACGCAUCGAACUUUGUCAGUUUAUUUUACAAGAUCGUCAAAGUAGAUCAUGGGGAGGUCCCACCACAGUAUUCAUCCUCUUUAGGGGCGCUUAUCAAACAGCUCCUAUCCAAGUCCCCGGAUGACAGACCAUCAGCUGGGACCGUGCUUAACCUUCCCUUUGUACAAGAACAUCUUGCUAUUUUCAUCAAAGAAAAAGAGAACCUCCAAGAAGCGUUACAUGCAAAACAGCUACUGAAGACGGUGGCCGGAAAUAGAAAUAAGUCUCCCAGCGUGCCUCAACGACCCUCUUCAGCUGAAGGGAUGAAAUCCCCGGAUGCGAAUGGUAAAGUGACGAAAGCAAGGUGCAAGUCAGCUCAGCCAAUGAACAGAGCGCAUCAACAAAUCCCCUCAGAAGAAAAGAAAGAAACUGAUCCAUCAAAGCAGGCGGACGACCCUGGCGAAUACUCUGACGACUUCGACGAGUCGGCCGACGAAGAAUACUCGGACGAAUUUGAAGAGGAUUCGGAACUGAACGGGGAUUCUCUUAAGAAGCCAGUGUCUGCAACGAAACUCAAGGAAAAGAGAGAUGAAGAAGAGGCCGAAGAUUAUUAUCCGGAUGACUUUGAGGAUGAUUCCGAAGAAGACGAGGUUCUCGACGAUAUUCUUACUAAUGCCAGGGCAGCUCAAGAUGCAGAAGUCGCGGAAGAAGAAUUCGUGGAAGACUUGGACAGACCAUCAUCUUGUAAACAGAAGCUUAAAGAGCACGUGAUUACAGUCAUCGGAGAAAGAAUGUUUGAGGAAGUACGAGAAAGGUUCGCUCGAGGUGAAGCUGACCAAAGGCCUGAAUUUGAGAAGCUCACCGGGUCAGAAAUGAUGGAAACUUGUUAUCUGGUUAACGAGUUAUUUAUUGGACCAGAGGAACAAAGUUAACCCAAGAUAGCCUUUUGACAACAGUAAGCCCAGCGCUUAUUUUCGGCAUUUUGUAUUGCAAGAAAAUGGAACAAGUGAACGCGACUUCGACAAGAUUAACAUUUAUUUCAUGUAUCAUAAUUUGCGGACAAAAUCUUUCAGUUUGUGUGAGAACUGGUCCGUACCUUAUAAUAAUUAUGUAGAUCGAGAAUGUAAAGUUAGAUGUCAACAACCCCAGAGUUACAGAUUGAAAUUUUAAAAUAGUCGUGGGCAUAGUUUUAUUCAAAUGUAAAUAUAUUUGUACAUAACGUUUGAAAC